AAAUUGAAUAAUUAUUCACAUCGUUGUUUUUCUGGAAUUAUUUAUUGUGUAGAUAUUCUGAGACAUUUAGGAUUAAAGUUGAUGUUGUUUAGAAUAGGGACAGUCGUUGAUUCAAUAUUGUAAUACUAUUAUAUUGCUAGCAAGAGACGUUCUUUUUAAACUAGGCAAAGGUGAUGACAAUAUCACCUCAAGCUUAGUUUAAAAAAACGAAUUUUGUUGGCAAUAUAUUAGUAUUACUCAAAUGGUUGUGAAUUCAUUGUUUUUAUUCUGAAAAAAGAUGAACCAAAAUACAGGAGUGUUCUUCAGUCCACCGGGUGGUCGUGGUAGAGGUCGUGGGCUUGUAAUCCCGAAAACCUUAAAAGAUAAACGCCGGAUUUCAUUCCCACAUAACAUCCAAUCAUCAGAAGUUGCGACUGCAGAUCUGCAAUCGCAACUUUCGAGCUUAUCAUCACCACUAUCCGAGACAUCAAACACACCAAACACAUCAAUCACUUCGACCUUAUUACCAGAGAAGACAAUGAUAAAUCACCAUAAUGAUGAUGAUGAUGAUUAUUAUUACGAAUAUGAAACGUUGGAAGAAGAAAAUAAUUCAAUUAUUGCAAAUGAUAAUGGUAAUGCACAGCGUCCAUCUCCUGAACCCAUCCCGGUGAAUGUAGCACAGCAGAUACUAAAUGAGCUUCAUGACAUGGAACAAAGAUCCAUAGCAUCAAUCAGUAAUUUGACCAAGGUUGUGCAAACCGCGAUUCAAAAUCAUCAAGAUAUUGAUCAAGUCUCUCCAGAGUUGCCCGACAGGAUGCCAUUUGUUAAUAUUGAAGAUUUCAAUCAUUUUGAAAAUAGUGAUAGAAUUACAAAAAAAAAAUUGACAAAGUAUCUUGCUUCGAUGGGAGGGUUCAGCAGCUGUCCAGAAGACAAUUGCGCAAUUCUGGAAAAAAUGUUUCGAUGA